GCUUUUGGCUGCCGGGACCCUUGUAAGUCAGGGCCCAGAAGCAGCGGGACCCACCUAAAAUAUUUUGAUGCGAAGAAAGUCGAGAUCCACUCCGCCGUCUUUUGCCCGGGCCAUACCUCUGGAUGGAUCCUAGGACUCUUCCAUCACUAAUGCCUUGGUGGUGCAGUAACAAGCUGUCCUAAUCGCUCCCAUGCUCGGCCGCAAGUUGACCGGAAGCGCCAGCUUUGUCUGCCUAAGAUGCCGACUCCAGCUGGCUGGUGUACCGAAACGGCCGUCGUUUCCCCCCGCCGCGCUCUCGUCUCUUCGAACGCCCCUACGAACGUCCCUGCGAUCUAUCGGUACUUACCGCGGUCCAGGUCGCCCCGACAGGUUAAACGAUUAUGACGACGGCGAGACGAGUGCUGACUCCAACCUCGAACCAAACCUCGAACCCGACCAUGAAUCCGACGGCGACAAGAUAACCCACAAUGAAGAUUUCGCUUCCUCCUGGCCACUUCUUGCGCCGGCCCCACCCCUGUCGCAGAACCGCGUGUACAAGUCGAGAGGUCAACUCGUCUCCCCAGAAAAGGAGGGGCUCUCCAUCGACAUGCUAGGGAAACCUGGCUCUGCCAUUGUUCUCCGAGAGAAGCGGGCUUGGAAGAAGAAGAUCCAGGAGCCGGUUUCCGACGACGACCCGGCGGCCCUGGUUGACCCCGCGAGCCUGCUGCUCAAAGAAGACGACGCCCCUGCCGAUGAGGAAAUUUUGCUCAACAUUCACGAGCUAAGACCGAAAGACACAAAGAUCCUCUCGGAGAAGGAGUUCACCGAACUCAGAAACACACUCGUCGACGGGUUCACAGGUGCCCAGCUGGCCCGCUACUUUAGGGAAUACGAAACGUUACGGCGCCUUAGCGAAGAGGAAACCGACAGCCCAGAAGAAGCCCCAUGGGUACUAGAGCGGCAGUCAUGGGCCCCGACGGUUGCGAAUAAGGCGGAGAAUGUUGAGCCUCACCUCGUGGGCUACCUCACCAGGGGCAUGGCCCCCAAGACCCGGCUCGUGGUCAAAUUGAUUCGUGAAUGCUGGGACGUGGCCAACCAGCGCGUUCUCGACAGAGAUGGUUACCUUAGUUUACGGCUCCGUGAUGUGGAGUUCUCCCUCCUAACCCUCGGCAACAGAAGAUGGCUGGAGGGCACGCCGAGUGCCAUCCUGGCGCAGGUGAAGGAGGUCAGACUCAUUCGAGAAUCCCGACUCGUUUCCGUCGUAGCUCCUAGGCACGCAGCUGUAUCAAUUCUUGACCGAGUCCAUGAGGUCCUUUCGAAUGCCAGGACAAGCGACUUUGACAUCGACCUCGUUUCUCCCGAGCCUCUCGAGCCCGGUGUCCUUGAGGAAGUUGGGCGCAUGACCAACACAGUGACACGGCUGGACGCAUCGGGAAAGAAGGUUGUCGUCACCUGGAUCCAUCAACCGAAACGCGACGAAAACUGGGAGAAUGCGAGCGAGACCGUCCUUCGAUUCCUGCGAGAGGCAUACGGGCCUAAAUCCCGCCUUUCCACCGCUUUGGCCGUCCCCGAUGGCCUGGCAGACCAGGGUCGAUACCUCCCGAUGCUCAACUACUCAACAAAAUUACCCUGGCAGGAGCGCUUCGACAAGUGGGAGAGGUGGACCGCCGCUGUAUCUCGGCCGGGGACCAAAUCUAAGGCACAUAAAAUCACAAUACCGGCUGAUAUCCUCCCGUUCAAGCUGAACAACGAGAAGGCUGUCGAUGAGUUAGCAUCGGAAUUACCUGUGGACAAUCUAGGAGGGUGGCCUGCCGAACCGCAAACCGGCACAAGCGUGACCUUUGGUCAUGUUGUUUUCGCCCGCCAGAACCAGUCCUCUGAUUCCACCAGCCCACCACCGCAACCUGCACCCGAGUUGGACACCUCCCUGCCCCGGUCCUUCGUUCCGGCCCUCCCCGCACUCGGGAGCCUCAAUCUACCCAACAAUCUCCAUGAAGGAGGGCUUUGGCACACGAGCACUGUAAUCCGCUUCGUGCCAUCCCCCGACCUCUCUCCCGAACUGGUCGCCUCGGCACCAACCCUCGAGCUCCGCAUAGAAGCCGACCAUGCGGAGAUCAAGAGCCUCACCUCCCUGCGCGCCAUCAAGGACACCUUCGCAGGCGACGUGCUCUUCCCCGCAGCAACCGUCGACGCCCGCGUCGUGCAGCAGCGCAGCUUCAGCCUUCCGGGCCCGAGCAUCGAGGACCACGUCCCGGCCAUCAUCACCUUCCUCUCCAAAUCCAAGCUGCGCCCCUGGCACGGCAAGCUCAGCACCCCGCCGGCCCUGCUCGGCGUGCACCUGCCACCGCACCUCUUCACCCCACCACCCAUCACCGACACCGACACCAGCACCCCAACCCCCGCCGCAACCCCGGCGGAAGAAAGCACCACCAACGCGCCACCAGCCCUAGUCAAAGUCGAUUACAACCUCGCCUCCAUCGACGUGCAGCGCACCGUGACCGCCGAGUACGCCUCGCUCAAGCUGCGCUACACCAGCACCCAGGGGGGCCAGGGCGGCGGGGAGCGGUCCGAGCUGUCGCUGGAAGCGGUGCGCGUGGCGCCGCAGCUCGACGUCGAGCCCGAGGCGACCGACGUGUACGAUCUGGUCGACGAAGGGGUCGAUCGCGCCGCGGGGUACACCUCGCACGUCAAGAACCAACCCAAGGCGGCGAACACCUACCUCGCCGAGGCCCAGGCCGCGGCCCUGGCGAAGCCCGUGAAGGUGGAUGAGUUUUUACGGGCCGCGUCUGGGAUCGUCAACGAGAAUGGCCGGUUGAAGUGGCAUGCGAAACGAUCAUAAGAGGCAAUAUGUACAGUACUUGUAGGAUAGACUAGACUAGACCGCAUAUCGGCAAGCAUGGAGACCGUGUGUAAUGCAUUGUAUGACAACCAUUGCAAGAAUUAUCAAUUACGAAGCCGACGCC